AUGGGGAUGGGGGCGUUGGAGACGGGGAUGGGGGCGUUGGAGACGGGGAUGGGGGCGUUGGAGACGGGGAUGGGGGCGUUGGAGACGGGGUUGGGGGCGUUGGAGACGGGGAUGGGGGCGAUGGAGACGGGGAUGGGGGCGAUGGAGACGGGGAUGGGGGCGCUGGAGACGGGGAUGGGGGCGAUGGAGACGGGGAUGGGGGCGUUGGAGACGGGGGUGGGGGCGUUGGAGACGGGGAUGGGGGCGUUGGAGACGGGGAUGGGGGCGUUGGAGACGGGGAUGGGGGCGAUGGAGACGGGGAUGGGGGCGUGGAGACGGGGAUGGGGGAUGGAGACGGGGAUGGGGGCGUUGGAGACGGGGAUGGGGGCGUUGGAGACGGGGAUGGGGGCGUUGGAGACGGGGAUGGGGGCGUUGGGAGACGGGGAUGGGGGCGUUGGAGACGGGGAUGGGGGCGUUGGAGACGGGGAUGGGGGCGUUGGAGACGGGGAUGGGGGCGUUGGAGACGGGGAUGGGGGCGUUGGAGACGGGGAUGGGGGCGUUGGAGACGGGGUUGGGGGCGUUGGAGAUGGGGAUGGGGGCGUUGGAGACGGGGAUGGGGGCGUUGGGGAUGGGGGCGUUGGAGACGGGGAUGGGGGCGUUGGAGACGGGGAUGGGGGCGUUGGAGACGGGGAUGGGGGCGUUGGAGACGGGGUUGGGGGCGUUGGAGAUGGGGAUGGGGGCGUUGGAGACGGGGAUGGGGGCGUUGGAGACGGGGAUGGGGGCACGGGGAUGGGGGCGUUGGAGACGGGGAUGGGGGCGUUGGAGACGGGGAUGGGGGCGUUGGAGAUGGGGAUGGGGGCGUUGGAGAUGGGGGCGUUGGAGAUGGGGAUGGGGGCGUUGGAGACGGGGAUGGGGGCGUUGGAGACGGGGAUGGGGGCGUUGGAGAUGGGGAUGGGGGCGUUGGAGACGGGGAUGGGGGCGUUGGAGACGGGGAUGGGGGCGUUGGAGACGGGGAUGGGGGCGUUGGAGACGGGGAUGGGGGCGUUGGAGACGGGGAUGGGGGCGUUGGAGACGGGGAUGGGGGCGUUGGAGACGGGGAUGGGGGCGUUGGAGAUGGGGAUGGGGGCGUUGGAGAUGGGGAUGGGGGCGUUGGAGAUAGGGAUGGGGGCGUUGGAGAUAGGGAUGGGGGCGUUGGAGAUAGGGUUGGGGGCGUUGGAGAUAGGGAUGGGGGCGUUGGAGAUAGGGAUGGGGGCUAGUGAGGCUGGGCAAGUGUGA